AUGAAGUUAUGGGAUAGCCUGACCACUUGUUUGAUACUGCUUAGCGCCGUGCACGCCAGCCGGCUGCUCCGGAGCCGACCGCAGUCCUCUUCCACCGAGAGGAGAGGGCGCGCCGCCGAGAGUCCCCCGGAGCUCCCGCCGAUUCAGGGCCGCCUGUCUCUCGCUUCCCCGGGAAUGAGCCUUGCUGAUGCGGGUACAGCGGACUGGGAAAGGACGCUGGCUGAAGGAGAAAAAAACACCAUGGAGGAGUCCCCUACAAACGAGUUUAAGGACAUGGUGGAUUUAAUCAAAGGGACCAUCAGUAGAAUACGUCGUUCCUCCUCAUCCACUGUGUCCUCAUCUACCUCCUCCCCUACCUCUUCCACCUCCGAAGAAGACCUGAGCAGCAGGACUCGACUCAGGAGGGAAAGGAAGAAGGGGGCAAGCCAGCAGAGUGGAGAAAGAAGAGGAAGAGCUGGAGGGACAGGAGGGAAGGUAAGGGGAGGUAACAGACGAGGACAGGGCUGUGUGCUCAAACAGAUCCACCUCAAUGUGACAGACCUUGGGCUGGGUUACAGCUCCAGCGAGGAAAUGAUAUUCAGGUACUGCUCCGGACCCUGCAGGAAGUCUGAGACAAACUAUGACAAAAUCCUUUAUAACCUCGCUCACAACAGGAGGCUUCUUCCUAAGGACACCCCCCCACAGACCUGCUGUCGGCCAAUAUCGUUUGAUGAUGACCUCUCGUUUUUGGACGACAACCUGGUGUACCACAUCGUGAGGAAGCACUCUGCCAGGAAGUGUGGCUGUGUGUAGGGAGCUGGUGUCAGGUGUUGUGUAGUUUAACAUACCCUCCCACUUUGAAGUUGAUGUUGAGUGUUUU